AUGCGUUAUUGUCUUCUGGAAUACAUAAUAAUGACUGACACCCCGUAUGUACAUGAAACUAAUACUGAGAAGGAGAGGCUUUUCGAAGAACGAAGAGCCAAACUAGCUAAAUGGAGGAAGAAGAAGGAUGAUGAUCACGGUGGCUAUGACAAGCCAGUUAAAGAGGCAUCUGAGAACGCAACUUCAAUGAACAAAGAUAUUAACCUAACUGAGACAGAGGCAAAACUUUUAGAGAGGCAACUGAAACUACAAGAAUGGAAGAAGAAGAAACGGGAAAGAGAUCAGUUGAGAUUAAAAGAAUCAGAACAAUCUGUUGGGGAGACGAAAUUAAAGAAAGCUAAAAAGCCUAAAAGAAGGAAGAUCCAAUUUGACGAUAGUGAUGAAGAGGAUAGUGAUAAGCAGCUUCCUCUUUAUAUGCCAGGAUCCUCUGAAGUAACAAAAACUAAUGAAAUUUCAAAAAAUAUAAAUAAGUCUUCUAAUGACACGGAGGAUGUCGAUCCAUUGGAAAGUUUUAUGAAUUCUAUUAAUACUUCAAAGAAUUCUAACGGUACAUUAACCGGAUCGUUAAUUGAUGAUAAUGAUACUCUGGAUAACGUACUAGUUGAGAACGGCAGUGAUGAUGAUAAUGAAGCCUUAUUACGAUACAAGAAGGUAGCUAAAUUAAAAGCUAGUAAAAUAGUUCAGCAUAUGAACUUUAAAAAGGAAGAUCUUGUACCUUUUCCAAAAUCAUUUUAUGUAGAACCAGAAGCAGUGCAUGAGAUGUCGAAUGAAGCUGUUGACGAAUUAAGAUUAAAUUUGGGCAAUAUCAAAAUUUCUGGGAAAAAUUGCCCAAGACCAAUAACUAGAUGGUCUCAACUCGGUAUUUCAUCAGAUGUUAUGUAUUUAUUAACAAAAACUUUGCAAUAUGAUACUCCAACUCCAAUUCAAUCACAAGCUAUACCAGCCAUAAUGACAGGUAGAGAUGUAAUUGGUAUUUCAAAGACCGGAUCUGGUAAAACAAUAUCGUAUGCUUUACCUUUAAUACGACAUGUCAAAGCUCAAAGACCUCUAUCAAACUCAGAAACUGGCCCAUUAGGAUUAAUAAUAGCCCCAACACGAGAACUGGCAAUUCAAAUUAAUGAAGAAAUCCAGAAGUUCAUAAAGAGUGAUCCUUCAAUAAGAUCAAUAUGUUGUACAGGAGGUUCUGAACUAAAAAAUCAAAUCUAUGAAUUUAAGAGAGGCAUCGAGAUAGUCGUAGCUACGCCAGGUAGAUUUAUUGAUCUUUUGACUUUGAAUACUGGUAAGUUGUUAAAUACUAAAAGAAUCACUUCUGUGAUAUUAGAUGAGGCAGAUAGAUUAUUUGAUAUGGGGUUUGAACCUCAAGUUACUCAGAUAAUGAAAACUAUUAGACCUGAUAAGCAGUGUGUAUUGUUUAGUGCCACAUUCCCUAUUAAAUUACAAGCUUUCGUUAAGCGUGUGCUGCAUAAUCCAUUAACUAUUACCAUCGACUCAAAAACAAUGGUAAAUGAAAAUGUCCACCAAGCAUUUGAAAUACUAAAUAAUGAUAGUGAAAAAUUCUUCAAGCUAAUUGAGAUUCUUGAUAAUUUCGUCGAGAAAAGAGAAUCAUCUCAAAGUAAAGGAUCAGAGCAAGUAGAAGAUGAAAUUAUCGAUAAAAAAAUUAUCAUAUUUGUAUCAAGUCAACAAACUUGUGAUGCCGUUGCAGCUAACUUAGAAAAGUAUGACUAUGAUGUUUUUUCAAUACAUGCAGGAAGGUCAUAUCAAGAAAGAGUAUCAAACUUAGAGAAGUUUAAGAAAACAAAGAAUAGCAUUCUAUUAUGUACUGAAGUUCUUUCAAGAGGUUUAAACGUUCCUGAAGUUUCAUUAGUUAUAAUAUAUAAUGCAGUCAACAAAUUUUCUCAAUAUGUUCAUACCACUGGAAGGACUGCUCGUGGUACAAGAAGAGGUAAUGCAAUUACUUUAUUGUUGUCUGAUGAACUUGAUGCUGCAUAUAUAUUGAAAAAGGCCAUGAGAGAUGAGGAACUGGCAGAAAAUAGCCCAGAAAAGAUUUCGAUAUUAGAUGAAAUGGUAAACAAGUUUGAAGUUGGAUUGAAAAGUGGUAAGUUCACUAUUUCAAAGGGUCUUGGUGGUAAAGGAUUGGAUAAUUUAGACGCACAAAGGAAUAAAAAUAACAACAAAGAGAAAGAAGAUUUUAAACGUAUUUCUAAGGGAACAGUGAAUAACGAUAUUGACGGUGGGACUGUGGAUAUGGAUGACGUCAGUAAUGAUGUCGUUGCUGAUAUUGAAGUUCCAAAAUUAAAAUAUGAAAUCAUUAGAAAUGAUAAUGCCGAUAAAGCUUCAACAUUCAGUGCACAUGUCUAUAUCAAUGACCUCCCCAAAUUAAUUAGAUGGGAAGUCUCAAAAAACACUACCUUAUCUAAUGUAAAACGUGAGACAGGUUGCAGCAUAACGAGUAGAGGACAAUAUUAUCCUGAUAAUAAAAACCCUAAGUCAGAUAAAGACCCACCUAAAUUAUUUUUACUUAUUGAGGGAAAAGAAGAGAAGGAUAUUAUUUUUAGUAUUGAUUUAUUAGAAGGAAGAGUCAAAGAGGGUUUACGUAAAGUUGAAAUACAAACCUUGAAGAGUACUAAAUAUUAA